GACACUAAAGCCACGCUGAUUGCUUGCUUUGUGCGCUACAACAGUGGAGAAGCAAUUGACAACUGAGUGAGGCAGGAGACGGAACAAGCUUAGAAAGAAUCACCGGGAGACAGAGGGUACGUGUUCGUUGUUUGGAGAUCCCGCUAUAUGAAUGCAGAGAGAGCUGCUUUUUACUGGAGCAUUUAGAUGGAUGUGAAAGAGGAAACGUGUGAUGCUGACUCCAAUAUAAUGGAGAAAAUGACCAUAACUGUUAAGGAAGAAGACGGUGAAAGGGAUUGUGUCCAACCUGAACAGAAGAGUGCGAGCAUUAAAGACGAGGACUGUGAACUGGGGUCAGUAGGCAUUAAAGAAGAGGCCGAAGAGAAGUUUGUCAGCAAUGAAUCUGACUUCCAUGCAAGUCUGGAGAGUGUCAAAGAAGAAGAUCUUCGUUAUGGGUGUCAAAAUGAUGCAGACACUGGGUUAGUCUCUGCUCAAAGCAGACACUCUUCAUCUCCAGAGUCUUCCUUCAAUGUGAAGUCUGAAUCAUUGCAGUCUAACACAGAGGGGACCGAAGAAAUUUCAUCUCUUAGUACUCUAGAUGGUCAGCCACCCCCUACAAGGGCGUCUACAAAAAGAAUCAAAGUUCACGACUCUUCUGACUGUGGUAAAAGAUUCUCGGAAUUGAAUAAACUUCGGAGCCAUGAAAGAAUUCACACCGUGAAGAAGCCAUUUUGCUGUUCUGAAUGUGACAAGCAAUUCAAUCAGAUGCAUAGUCUUCUCUGUCACAAAAGAAUUCAUGCAGGAGAAAAGCCAUAUUCUUGUGCUGAAUGUGGUAAACAAUUCUCUGAAAUGAACAAACUUCAGAGCCACAAAAGAGUUCACACAGGAGAGAAGCCAUACUGUUGUUCUGAAUGUGGCAAACAAUUCUAUCAGAAGCGUAGUCUUCAGAGCCACAAAGUAAUUCACACAGGAGAGAAGCCAUAUUGCUGUUCCGAGUGUGGCAAACAAUUUUAUCACAAGAAUAGUCUUCAGAGCCACGAAAAAAUGCACACAGGAGAGAAGUCCUAUUGUUGUUCAGAGUGUGGCAAACAAUUCUAUCAGAAGCGUAGCCUUCAGUGCCACAAAAGAAUUCAUACAGGAGAGAAGCCAUAUUCUUGUGCUGAAUGUGGUAAACAGUUCUCUGAAAUGAACAAACUUCAGAGCCACAAAAUAAUUCACACAGGGGAGAAGCCACAUUCUUGUUCUGAAUGUGGCAAACAAUUCUUUCAGAAGCGUAAUCUUCAGAUCCACAAAGUAAUUCACACUGGAGAGAAACCAUAUCGCUGUUCUGAAUGUGGUAAACAAUUCAAUCAGAAGCGUAGUCUGCAGAGUCACAAAGUAACUCACACAGGAGAAAAGCCUUAUUGCUGUUCUGAGUGUGGCAAACAAUUCUAUCACAAGAGUAGUCUUCACAGCCACAAAAGAAUGCAUACAGGGGAGAAGUCAUAUUGUUGUACUGAGUGUGGUAAACAAUUCUAUCACAAGCGUAGUCUUCAGAACCACAAAGCAAUUCACACAGGAGAAAAACCUUAUUGCUGUUCUGAAUGUGGUAAACAAUUCUCUGAAAUGAACAAACUUCAGAGCCACAAAAUAAUUCAUACAGGGGAGAAACAAUAUUCUUGUUCUGAAUGUGGUAAACAAUUCUAUCAUAAAAGCAGUCUUCAGAGCCACAAAAGCAUUCACACAGGAGAGAAGCCGUAUUGCUGUAGUGAAUGUGGCAAACAAUUUUCAAAAAGAAGUCAUCUUCAGGACCACCAACGAAUUCACAAAGGAGAAAAGCCAUAUAGUUGUUCUGAAUGUGGCAAACAGUUUUCACAACGAUGCCAUCUUCAGAGCCACAAAAGAAACCAUACGCGAGAGAGGCCAAAUGAUUCUUCUGACUGUGGUAGUUUUCAGAAUCAUGCCAUCUUCAGAGACACAAAAGAAUUAACACAGGAACAAAAUUGUGACGUCAUCAAGGUGCGACGAAAAAAAUUGAGGCCUACGUGCGUCUCGAAUCUUGUGAGCAGUAAACUGGAGCAGCGAACUGACUGUACGGGAGAAGACUUUACACCACCCAGUGGCACAAACAGCAAAGAAGAAGCAGCUGCCAUUUGCUGUGAUACCAAGAUGGAUGUGAAAGAGGAGAUGUGUGAAGCUGACAUAAACACCAUGGAAAUAAUAACUGUAAACAUUAAGGAGGAGGACUGUGGAGGGGAGUCUGUCUACCCUAAACAGGACAGUCUCGGCAUUAUGGAAGAAGAUUACGAACUGGUGACUGUGGGCAUUAAAGAAGAGGCUGAGGAGACGUCUGUCAGCAUUGAGACGCACAAACAUAAAAGUGUGAAGCCUGUCAAGGGGUCUGAGUCAUUAGAGUCUGGCAAGAAAAGGACCAAGAAGAUGUCAUCAGCGAAGACUAAAGGUCAGCCAUCAUCUAAACACCAGUCUGAAGAACGAGGCAAACUUCACUGCUGUUCUGAAUGUGGCAAACAAUUCUCUCGCUGGAGUAGCCUUCAGAACCACAAAAGAAUUCACACCGGAGAGAAGCCAUUUUGCUGCACUGAAUGUGGUAAGCAGUUCUGUCGCAGGAGUACUCUUUGGAGACACACUAGAAUUCACACAGGAGAGAAACCCUAUUGCUGUAAGGAAUGUGGCAAACAGUUCUCCCAUUGGAGUAAUCUUCAGAGCCACAAAAAAACUCACACUGGAGAGAAGCCACAUUCCUGUAAUGAAUGUGGCAAACGAUUCUAUCGCAGGAGUAAUCUUCAGAGCCAUUCAAGAAUUCACACUGGAGAGAAGCCGUAUUGCUGUAAUGAAUGUGGCAAACAGUUCUGUUUCCAGAGUACUCUUCAAAGACACACUAGAAUUCACACAGGAGAGAAGCUAUAUUGUUGUAAUGAAUGUGGCAAACGAUUCUCGGACAGGAGUGCUUUGCAGAAACACACUAGAAAUCAUACUGGAGAGAAGCCCUAUUCUUGUUCUGAAUGUGGCAAACAAUUCUCUCACUCGAGCACUCUUCAGAGCCACAAACGAAUCCACACUGGAGAGAAGCCAUAUUGCUGCUUAGAAUGUGGCAAGCGAUUCUGUCGAAGUAGUAGUCUUCAGAGCCACAAAAAAAUUCACACUGGAGAGAAGCCUUAUUGCUGUAAUGAAUGUGGAAAACAAUUCAGUUACCGGAGUAAUUUUCAGACCCACAAAAGAAUUCAUACUGGAGAGAAGCGAUAUUGCUGUUCUGAGUGUGGCAAACAAUUUGCACAGUUGAGAAGUCUUAAGAAGCACUCUACAGCUCACACAGGAGAGAAAGAGGAGGUUCCAAAGGAUUAGGCUGGUGGGUGAAAAAGGAGGAAGGAGAACUGUAACCCUUCUAACUACUCAAAUCUUGAUUACUACCCUUUAUGUGAAGGGCUUUAUUGUGCAACAUGUAUAGCAAAUCUCAUCAAGGAAAAACUAGCCCUAAUAGAAUAAAAUAUCCACAAAACGCAUGUCUGUCAGGAUGAAAAGGUGCCCACCCUCUGCCUCAGCACUAGACUAGGUGAUGGUGAUAGUGCAAGACCUCCAAAGUUGGCGACAGUCCAGAUGGGCAGUGUUGUCCAACCACAGUAAAGCACAUAAGACCACAAAAGUGUAACUUGUGCGAGAAUGCUGAAUGUAGCUCAGAGGGGAUCAUGUACUGCUACUUUUAUGUAGCAAAUCCAGAAUUUCUGGCUAAAGGAUGUCCCAGGAAGGCUAGCACCAGAACUGGAAUCUAGAAAACAAAUCCUUACAUUCAAAGAAAAUUCAAGAAAGAUCACCAAAGCAAACCUAAGAGCCUUAAUGGUAAUAACUAAAAAAAAAAACAAAGCAAAUAAGGCAAGACAUCUAAAGCACCUACAAAGAUCAGGAAAAGACGCUGGCAAAAAGUCAAGACUCAGAAACAAUAAGAGCAAAGACCUGGGAUGAAGAGGAGGGACCUCCAUAUGGUGUGGCAUUUACGUGAAAAUAUGAAAGCAUCAAUAGCCAAACCAAGUAAAGAAGAGAGACACAUUUCAAAUGAAAUUCAGAAAUAAAAACCCCAAAUAUGAACAGAAACUGGUCAUUUCAAAAUAUAGAAUGUCCCAUCAAGCAACUGAUUCUCACAUGAUGGGCAAACAGCAGAGAGAGAAGAUUUGGAGGACAUUUCUAAUAAAUUUCAGUUGUUUGGUGCAUGUCCAUUCCUUCUGUUUUUAAUACAACCUGCCAAAUGACACAAAAGAUGACAGCACCAGAUGCCCUGGAAGUAGAGUGACCAGAAAUUUAAAAGAAAAUCAAUAAAAAUAUUGUCUGCGACUCAUCAAAACUGCUGGAAUGAAGUUAAUAAACAGAAUAUCCUUAAAAUAAAAAAGUCAGAAAAUACCCCUUCAAUAGAGGACAAGAAAAUAAAAUGCAGGAAAGCACAGAUGAGCUCCUAGACAUGAUUGUUAUGGACAACGAUACAAGAUAACUUACUGAGAACGUCUUUAUAACUGAUAGUAUACACCAUGCUUAUAGCUAAGAUCAACAAGGCUAUAACUGGCAUAAAGCAAACCCAUCAGUCUAAAAUGCAUUUAACAGCAGUCAACAGGAUUGGGACUGUGCAAAAUUCAGAGUAUGGAGAAAUGGAUAAAAGUACAGUCCAAAAUGAAUUGAAGAGAAAGUGUCAUCAGUCAAGACCAACGUGAAAGGUGUAACGGCCAAACAAAAAUCUUAAAUCACAGAAUUGUCUGAUAAGUUAUGAAGACUUAGCCUUCACAAUGGCUUAAAAUCCCGACAAAAGCUCAACGUGAUUUUUCAGGAACAACCUAAAAAAAUUUCCUGGCGAACUUUAGACGGGGGCACCCUGUAAGCAAGUACCCCGCCAGACAAAAAUGAAAUUGAAAUAUUUCAGAGAAGCAUCUAUGAGAGUGCUCAAGAACACAAGAAAGAAUCAGACUGGUUAAGCAAACAUCAGAAGGACAUAGAAAACAGGAGUGGAAUAACCGGAGGUGACAAAUCAAAGAAAAAGCACCCAAGAUCAAAAUGUAUGCUAACUGAAGGACCUCCGGUUCAGAUGACUUACCCAGCUGCUGCCUUAAACAACUUAACAGCAUUGCUCUGGGAUAUGACCGAGUGUGAGGACCUCUUAAUAUAACACCUGCAGAUGACCGCACAAAAAGCAAAACUCCUACUUCUAACAUCGGAGCAAAUCAAAUAUCACCCAAAACUACAGUUCCAUAACUUGCCUGUCCGCCAUAUAUACUGUAAAAGCUUCACAGGAGUAGACACUAAUAGAAUUUACAGUCUCUAGGGUCCAGUUACUUUAAUGGAAAAAUAACAGAAGAGGUCGUAUGGAAUAAAAGACCAUCUAUUGUUGUUAAAAGGUCAUGCGGCACAAAAGACACAUCCGUUGUUACCUUAAGUAAUUAUGGAGUGUAGCAAAUAGGACCAAAGCCCAAGUAUGCCAUGAAUCAACUCUAGAGAAGUCUUUGAUAGCAUACCACCCAGCUGGAUCCUCAACGACUUUGAAGGGUAUGAAGUCCGCCCUGCUGUUACAGGUUUGCCCUCAAUCCCCCUGCACCACUGACGGCCACCCCUACAGCUUCAUCAUGACAAUGGCCAGAUCACAGUCCCAAACAUAAGAGUGAGAGGAAUAGGGCUGGACAAUGUAGUGAGCUUGGCAUGACAUUUAUGAAAAAUCAAUAUGUACUUUUGUUUGAUUUUUUUUUUCCCCCACUAGUACUACUCUUAAAUAAAAUUUGCAAAAUCUCCACUCCUCUUUCGAAGCACAACGAUGCCGACUCCCCAUUUUGCCUGGUUGUGGUGGCGAGUAAGGAUCGGAGCAGGAAGAAGAGUUUAGAACCGGGAGGUGUUCGCUCUGCGGACUGGUAAUAGUUAAGGUUUUACAAGGCAUGACAGUGCAAGCAGUACAGCAUCUAAAGAUAAAACACGUUAUUACAUUUAAAGAGGCCAUCCAAGCACAUAAAUGGCGCCUGUAACAAGACCUCUCAGGUAAGCAACGUUCUGUACAAAGUUCACUACUGUGUUGGUGCACCACGUGAACGGGUCGAAGGAGCUGCGGGACUUCAUAUUUUCAUAUGUUUCAUAUUUCGAAACAUUUUUGCCUGCUUAACUUGCGCCUGUACUUUGUCAGUGGUCAGAUAUUUUCACGGACCGCUAAUUCACCCCAAAAGCGUUACAUCUGCACAGCGUAACACGCGCUCUUGAAAUGCUACAAGCGCGCAUUAAAACGGCGAUCCUUUUCUGUAAAUUCUGUUUGUGUGUCAGUUAUGGGGGAAAAUUGUAUUUUUGGUCAUUUUAUUUUCACUUUGAGGUUAAUUUUUUCGUUUUUAGCAACUGAGCUGAGCUUCCUAAUUACCAUAGGUGUGGAUAUCUGAAGCUUUUUUUUUUUCUUGUUAAUACGUGUUAUUCUCUGUAAUAAAUAUAUUGUCCUAACGAUCUUUGAAUCUUUUUAGUUUAUUACUAGUUAACGGAAAUCAAAUAAUAGUAUUACCUUUUUGAGCACUUUUUUUAGUGAAAUACAAAUCCGUGCGAGUUUAUCAUUUUAAUAGUGAUAUGUGACUUUACUGUUUAUUGGGACUGAAAUGUAAAGUGUCACUUGGUAGUACGGGACUGCCCCAUUGUCGCUGAAAUAUCGCCACCUUUCGCAGAAUUUCAAGUGUCGUCUUAACAGAUUAUUUUGUGCCCCCACAUACUGUACAUACCUCUCUAUAGUGUAGAGAAAUAAUAAUUCAAGAAGUUGUUAAGGGCACUGGAUGUCAAAUAGCAGUUGCCUGGCUGCAAGCACCGUAUUUACUAUGCUGUUAAAUGUUAUAAAGUGAAUACCCGCACCCAUCCCAGAGAGCGAACGAGGACAAGUUACAGUCGGGGACUUGGCCGCUGCAUUUUUAACUUUUGCAGUUGCUACAUCCAAGAGUUCGUUAUCACUCAUCUCAUAUUUAAGCUGCUUUUUCUGAGGGCCGUCGUGAUUACAGUAGUUAUUUGUAGUUUGUUUUUCGUAACAGUAAGUCCUAUUCAUAUAAUACAUACAAUUGCAUGAAUUAGGCUACAUUAGCUUCGUUAGCGUUUUUUGUACUUCUGGUAAAAUGAACCAAAAAUGUUGAUUUUUUUAAAUGUUAUGUGCAAUAAAAACAUGUAAAUACUAAAGUACCAAUAUAAAUGCAGUAACUAA